UCUUAAAAAGACGCUCAGUGUGUGACCUUGUUUCUUAAACACGCACAGAAACACUGCCUACCUCCUCAUAAUCAUCCUCCCUCCACCAACAGAAACUUUGCACAGAGAGAGAGAGAGAGAGAGAGAGAUAGAAAUUAAGGUCCGGGAAAGAGGAGAUGUCGAAGGAAGUGAGUGAAGAAGGGCAGAGCCAUGGAAAGGACUAUGUGGACCCACCACCAGCUCCGCUCAUUGACUUGGCUGAGAUCAAGUUAUGGUCCUUUUACAGAGCUCUCAUAGCCGAGUUCAUUGCCACUCUCCUCUUCCUCUACGUCACCAUAGCCACCGUCAUCGGCCACAAAAAGCAAGCCGGACCCUGCGAUGGUGUUGGGAUUCUGGGUAUUGCAUGGGCUUUCGGUGGCAUGAUCUUCAUUCUUGUCUACUGCACUGCCGGUAUCUCAGGUGGUCACAUAAACCCUGCUGUUACUUUCGGACUGUUCUUGGCUCGUAAGGUGUCUCUGAUCAGGGCUGUGGCCUACAUGGUGGCUCAGUGCUUGGGCGCCAUCUGCGGUGUUGGUUUGGUUAAGGCUUUCAUGAAAAACUACUACAACCGUCUCGGUGGUGGCGCCAACACUGUGGCUACCGGCUACAACACCGGCACCGCUUUGGGUGCUGAGAUAAUUGGCACCUUCGUCCUUGUCUACACCGUCUUCUCCGCCACUGACCCUAAGAGAAGUGCGCGUGACUCCCACGUCCCUGUUUUGGCGCCACUCCCCAUUGGGUUCGCUGUGUUCAUGGUGCACUUGGCAACCAUCCCUAUAACAGGUACUGGUAUUAACCCAGCUAGGAGCUUCGGCGCUGCAGUUAUCUGGAACAACAAGAAAGGCUGGGAUGACCAUUGGAUUUUCUGGGUCGGACCAUUUGUGGGAGCACUUGCAGCAGCCGCAUACCACCAGUACAUACUGAGAGCAGCAGCCAUUAAAGCUUUGGGAUCUUUCCGCAGCAACCCCACCAACUAAAGUCUCUCUUCUUCAAUCUAUUUGUUCUUUUGUGUGUAUGAGUUGAUGAUGACCCAUCUUCUUCCUUUCAUCUUUCUUUCUUUAUUUAUGAUUUAAUCUUUUGUUGAUUAGUUUGGCCUUUUUCUGUAUCAUUGUUCUUCAGUAGUAAAAUGGUGCCUUCUUUUUUAUUUUAUUAAAGAAGAAUCUUAAUUGAUUAGUA